AUGGCCUCCGCCGAAAUAUUAGUCCCAAUUGAGGAACCCAUUGAAAAAGAUACGCCUGAUGAGAAUGGGGGAGAUUCUCAAGAACCAAAAUCCGAGGCAGAUAAAGAUAAGCCAACAGACCCUUCUGAGCUAAAAAACACGCCCUCCAAACGACCUUCGACUAGUAAUGGCCCAAAAAGGGCCGCUACAACAGCAACAAGUCGAACCUCUAAACCCGUGUCAGCGUCAGCCCGUGCUGCCCCCGGAAGUACCCUUACCAAACCACCAAUUCGACCUACUGGUACAACCACUACUAGACGGCCUCCUUCGAGCGGAACACCGGCCACGACAGGUUCUCACCGAUCACGUGUCUCCAUUGGUAGCUCUGCUGAUGAGAGAGCCAGUCGUAUCACGACGUCAGGUGAUGAGAACCGGAGGCCAGCUGUUGCAAAGCGAAUGUCACUCACCGGGACUUCCACUAGGGCCCCUCUGAAGCCCACACCAUUGGGAUCGGACCGAAAGGUAGCUGCUACACCCCCUGCAAAGUCUACUGCCACUCGUACUGCUCUUUCUACCACUCAGAGCCCAUCAAAGUCUACCCCCCGGUCCUCGGCCACAGUUCAAUCCACAGGCACACGUACUACAAGGCCCACGACGACCGGUAGGGUUUCAAUUUCUAGCUCCGAUCUUGUUAAAAGGCGAGUUGCUCCCCAAGUAACUCCGGUAGGGAAGAGGCGAUCUACCGAAAUCCAACUUACCUCAAAAUCUCCCGAACUGCAAAAGCGAAUUACAGAAUAUGGGGCUAUUAAAGCGAUGCUUCUGGCGGCUAUUGCUGCCGAUGAAGCUGGAGAAGGGGCUAAACGUGACGAAAUUCAAACCGAUAUCGACUCUGCGGUCUCGAAGCUUAAAGAUGAGUUAGAGAUCAGGGCACAUGAUUCUACCAAUAGCUGUGAACCUGACAAGGUCGCUACCUUAAAGGCGCAGCUAGAAGAAAGCGGACAUAAGCUCGCUGAACUGCAGAAGCAGCUUGACGAGUCCUUAAAGAAAAGUGCUGACCUAGAGAAGUCUGCAGACGAGGGAGCUGCCGCUGUCCAGGCAGAACAUUCCACUCAAAUCUCCAACAUGACUGAAUUGCACUCUCAGGAGAUCAAGGACUGGGAGAAAAAGUUGGCGGAGUCCGAAGUAAAAUACCAAGAAUUAGCCGCUCAGUCGGCUAAAGACCUGGAAACAUUGAAAUCCUCAGUUGAGGCGGGUGACGCUAGAAAUACAGCGCUUCUAGAAGAGCAGAAAGCUGAUCAACAAGCAUCCCUUGAAAAGCUUGAAAGCCAGCUCUCAGCUGAACUUUCCUCCAACAAAGAGCUCUCAAGCCAGAUAGAGACACUCAAAUCGGACAUUGCCGCCCGUACUGGAGAGCUAGACACCCUGAAAGAUUCCACGGAAAAGGAGAAGCUAGCUGUUAUUGAAACGCAGCAGGGCAAAGUCUCGCAACUCGAAAACGAAUUGAGGGGCCAGAACACGGUUAUGAAUAACUUAAAAGAUGAAAUUCAGCUUCUUAAGGAUUCAAAAGACAAGGAAUUUCUCGAAGCCCAAGAGUCAUACUCUCAAAAGGUCGCUGCGCUUGAAGACACAGUUGCGUUGCUUGAGGAGAAACUGUCCGAAACCGAAGCAAACACGGCUCGUGGUACAGCAGAAACUACCGGGAUGUUAACUAGUAAGGACAUGGAGAUUCAACGUCUUGGCAAAGUCAUCGAAGAUCUCCAGAAUCGUAUCCAAGAGCUUCACGAGGCAAAAUCUGACGAGCAUGAUAAAAAGAUAAUGGAGCUCGGCACAGCGCAUGAGCGUGCGCUCGCAGCAUUAAAGGCCGAGCAUGAUUCUACCUUGGCUACCUUGGCUGCCACACAUGAACAGCAACUUGCGGAGGUAAUAAAUGAGACGAAAGUUCUAAGAGAAGCCAAAGACAAAGAAUUGGCUAGCCUGACCAAAGGGCAUGAGAGUUCUCAAGCAGAACAUGAAGCUAAAGUUUCCGAGCUGGUUGAGAUCAAAAGUCGCUUGGCAGCCGAGCUAGACUCCUUGAAAAUAACACAUCAAGACGACCUCCAAGUUUUGCAGAAUAAGCUAUUCGAAACGGAGACCGCCCUUGCGGAUUCCAAACAAUCACAGGAGGAGACUAAGGCCGCCGAAAAGGCAGCCUCAGAAAGUCUAACCCGAUCUUUAGAAGAUAAGAUACAAACUUUGGAGACGCAGUUAUCUGAAAGUAAUAAACACAUUCAGAUCCUUACCGAUGACUUAAAGGCGGAAAAAUCUCAAGUCGAGGGCCUUCAAAAAGGACUCGAGGCUUUUGAAGUCGACAGUAAGGGAAAGGAUGAUCACCAUGAUGCCAUCGUGAAGAAGCUGACUACCGAAAUCGAUACUAUCGCCAAAUCUUUGGAAGAGAAGACCAGUGAGCUUUCUUUGGCAGAGGAAAAACAUUCUGCUACUUUAAACGACCUAUCAGCUGCUCAUCAUACUACCUUAGAGGCACUUAAAGUCGAUCUAUCUCAAUCUCAUGAGGGUAAGUUAAAGGAGAUGCAGGCCAUGCUUAGCGAAGUUUCUGUCUCAAAGAGUGACCUUGAAACUUCGCACGUAUCUCAAAUACAAUUACUGAAGGAUGGGCAUGCCGCUGCCCUUGGACAACAGGCAGCCAAACUUACCGCUCUUGAAGAAACGCAUAGAGUAGCCAUCGAAAAUUUGAUUGCUGAACUUGAGGACGCCCAAACAAAGAAAGUCGGGGAAUUAGAGACAUCUUAUUCUGGUAAAUUGAAGGAUUUAGAAACAACACACGCAAAAGCGAUCGAAGAGCUCCUUGCCGCCCACGAAAUUAAAAUCGAACAUCUAAAAGCAGAGCACCAUGCAUCGGUGAAAGAAGAUUUAGCCGCGGCAGAACUUUCACACUCCUCUGCUCUCGCGAAAGUUCAGCAAGAACUCUCAAAGGCUCAGGAAGCUGCCGCGGAUACAUCGGCCGUUGAUCGGCUUAAGGAAAAGUUGGCGGGAAGCGCCUCCCAGCUCGCGAAAUCUGAACAAGAAAAAGCUGAUAUCGAGUCGCUCUUACAAUCUACGAAAUCAUCUGUUUCGCAGCUCGAAGCGUUAGUGCCAGAGCUAGAAAGCACUAAAGCACAGCUUUCAACUGCUAACGAAAAUCUCACUCAACUCAAACAUACCCAUGAGUUGGCGAUUGCGGAAGUGCAAAAGCUAAAAGCUGAUGUCUCAGAAGCAAAUACGAAAGCAGCGAAGGUGGAGGCCACGUUUACUGAUUUUGAAAAGAACAUCAAUGCCCUAAGUGAGAAGAAUAUAACUCUUAUUGAGCAAUUGCAAGAAGCAGAAACAUCUGCGGCUAAAGGUACCCGACGCAUUCGAGAUCUGGAGUUCGAUCUUGCCGAAGCAGCAAAGCAACUGUCCAAUGGCAACUCUUCCCAAUCAAAAGGAGGCCUUGCAGAAAGCAAAUGGGCCAUUCCCGAUGAAGAAAACAAGGUGAUAUCCAGUGAUAGUGUCGCAGGAGACUCAGGUCCAGCCACUACGGAAGGUGAGGACCUCGGUUCAUCUAUUCAAGGAACGAUGGCCAGCAUCCAAGAACAACUGCGGCAACUUGAAGAUGAACACGAGGAUAUGUUGGAUGAAAGUGCGAGAAUCGUGAAUAUGCUUUCGAAAACAAACCAAGGUCCUCCUCCAUGCACCACUACUGAGCCCAACACUGCCCAAGCCAGUUGA